ACGUUAUUACAGGGAAGGAUGGCUUUCUUACGGAUGAAGAUACUGUCUGUAGAGGUCGACCAGGCCACCAAAGCAUCCUACAGUGACUUUGAGCCUUAUUGUAUGGUAAACAUCAAGGAAAAAGUUGAGGCAUCGGUUUCUUCUGCUCAUGGAAAACUUUUCACCCAAAGAAAACCGUCCUUUUAUCCCGAGCACAAUGAGUUCGAUUCUCAUUUACACAAAGGAAGGCUGAUGCAGGUAAUCGUGCUGAACAGUAAUGAUGGGUAUAUGAUCGGCGAGACCCAAACUUUGCUUCGUAACCUGGCCAAGGAGACCAACAAUGGACUCGAACCUGCUAUAUUAUCAUUGCCUCUAAGCAUUGGAACUGAUAUAAAAGGCAGUGUCAAGCUACAAGUGGUCCAGUACGGCCAACAAACAGAGGAGGCAAUGGCAGAUAUACCAGACGAGCAGCUCCCAACUGAAAUGACGCAGUUCAGACCCCGUCGUAAUGCUCUCCGUCAACAGAAAGUACACAAGAACAAAGGACAUCACUUUAUUGCCCGGUGGUUCCACCAACCUACUUACUGUGCUCUUUGUACUGACUUUUUGUGGGGACUUACCAAUAAACAGGGUUACCAGUGCAAAAUGUGCUCUAUGGUGACACACAAGAAAUGUCACCACAAGGUUAUGACAACCUGUAAAGGAGCGACUUCUGUCUCUGAUUCUAUGGAGAAUACUCUUCUAGCUAAGAACAGAUUUAGUCUUAAUGUACCUCAUAGGUUCAAGGUACAUACUUACUACAAGUUCACAUUCUGUGAUCACUGUGGAAUGUUGCUAGUAGGUCUGAGGAGACAAGGAAUGCGGUGCUCCGACUGUAAGAUGAACUGUCACAUGCGAUGUCAGGAUAGCGUGCCCAACUUAUGCGGCCUUGAUCCCAAGUUGAUGGCAGACGCCCUUGAAGAUCUACAGAAAGGGAAGUUAAAGUCAGUUCAGAGCGUACGACCUUCUAGUCACCACGGAGAUGGUGCUCCCGCUGCUGCCCACCGUUCAGUAAGCGUACCGUUGGAUAUAGGAAAAUCUGGAGUUUACGACGACACUAUAGAGCUAGCAGGAGCGAGACCAGGCACUCCAGAUCUGGACAGUUUAGCUGUUAAAAAGGAGGGAUCUCACUUGAGAUACACUAUUGACGACUUCAGCCUGUUGAAGGUCCUUGGUAAAGGUAGUUUUGGAAAGGUUUUGCUAGCGGAGCUGAAAGGCUCCGGUAAGGUGUUUGCGGUAAAAGCGCUUAAGAAGGACGUGGUUGUGGAGGAUGACGAUAUCGAGUGCACGCUGACAGAGAAACGAGUGCUGGCACUCGCCUGCCACCAUCCCUACCUUACUCAGCUACACUCCUGCUUCCAAACGGAUGACCACCUGUUCUUUGUAAUGGAAUACCUAAACGGAGGAGAUCUGAUGUUCCACAUCCAGACAACCGGUAAAUUCAGCGAGGAGCGCACUAGGUUCUACACCGCUCAAAUAAUAAGUGCUCUCCAAUUCCUUCAUUCCAAGGGAAUAGUCUACAGGGAUCUAAAGUUGGAUAACAUAUUGCUGGAUAGCAAAGGGCACGUGAAGAUAGCUGACUUUGGUAUGUGUAAAGAGAACAUGGACGAGGGAGUAACGACUAACACUUUCUGUGGGACACCCGACUAUAUCGCUCCAGAGAUUUUGAAAGAGUUGCCGUACGACAGAUCUUGUGACUUCUGGUCGCUGGGAGUGUUGGUGUACGAGAUGUUAACAGGGACCUCCCCAUUUGUUGGGGAUCUAGAGGAGGAUCUCUUCAGGAGCAUUCUCAACAGCAGAAUUACAUUCCCCAAAUACCUCAGUAAAGAUGCCAUGGCUUUCCUCAAGGGGGUCUUAGAAAGAGUAGUUGGCAACAGACUAGGAUACUGCACCCGAACUAACAUUAGAGAGCACCGCUUCUUCAGACCCAUUGACUGGGAAGCUCUGGAACGGAAAGAAUUAGAAGCUCCCUUCGUUCCUAAUGUGAAAUCAGCAGUAGAUACAGACAACUUCGACCCUGAGUUUACCAUGGAGCACGCUCAGCUGUCACCAGUUGAGACAGCGCUUAUACAAACCAUCAACCAGGAGGAGUUUGCCGGAUUUUCAUUCGUCAACACCGACUUUGGGAGCUUCAAUUGGUGAGCACCACGUGUAAAGCUUUGAGCACGUGGAGUCGCUGAAAUUGUGCACGUGUGAAAGAUUUUGCGCGGCGCAUAUCGUGCAUGUGUGAUUACAGUGCGCGGCGCUACGACGAGUUUAGUCUUAACGGAAGAAUAGAAGGAGUACUUAGAUUAAGAUAUUAUCGAUUGUACAGAAAGUUUGUUUCUGUCGUGUAUUCUGCAGUCUGGUAGCCAGCAAGUAUUCGGCUACUGUAUGUCCGUGUGUAAGUUUGUAUGAUACCUGUUUUUGUUGAUUUUGCUAAUAGUUUGAUUAACGGUUUUUUUGGUCAUUUAAUUAUUACUGGAUUAGAUUUAAGUUUGAACUGUUUAGCACCUAAUUUGGGCGUUUUGAGGACUAUUUCAUGAGACAUCGUUCUUAGGAAAUCAUGUAUUAUUAUAGUAUCGAUUGGUAUAAUAUUCUGUAAUUACGUUUGUUAUUUUCACCUGGCAUAUGAAUUAAUUUUAACAACUUCAAAAUAUUCCGUGGGCUCAUUGUUAUAUUGAUUAUCAGUUUCAUUAAUUUUAAUUCAGAGUUCAGUUUUUUUGCAAUCGUCUGAUAAAGUCGUGACUGUGUAGAUCUGUAAUUAGUAUUAUUAAGUAAAUAUUAAAAUUAGUAUACUCUAUCAUAGUUGGAUAUAUACGUACAUAGUUUUGUCACAUACCACCAAGUAAUAGUAACAGUUUCGAUGAAUGUAAAAACGACUGGUUUUGAUUUUUGAUGUUUUAUGGUGAAAUUUUCAUGCGCUUAAUCGUACUUCUUCAAGGACUUCUGACAAAUACAGUACUUAAAGUACUACUAUGGGUGUUAUUGAUAAAUCUCAUUCAAAUAUCGACAACAACAGUAUCAUUAUGAUUAAUAAAUGUAUGAUAUAGAUAUUUUAAUAAAAGCUUACAUUUACUCUGUGUAUGAUCUGGAAGUUGAUUAUCAUAAGAAUAGACGGGUUUAGAUAACGUUUUAUCUGAUCCCUGCUCAAUAACUAUAGUCGAGGAGCUCCAUUUCAACUUCAUCCCUCGCUGUCAUGGCGAUCAAAUAAUUUCAAUUAAGUUAACAGUUAGGGGUCGUUCACAUAUUACGUAAUCAGCCGAGGGGGAGGGGGCUUUCCGAAUGAUUACUUUAGUGUAAUUUUGACACAAUAGCUAUGUGUAAAAAUUAUUACGGAGGGGGAGGGGGGGUUAAAAAUUGGUCAAAAAGUGAUUACUUAAUAUUAUGUGAACGACCCCUCAUGAUGUACUCGAUUUAAGGUCCAGUUUGUUAAAAGUUAUUUCGAUCACUUUUACCCAGAUUCCUUUCUCUGAUAGUAUUAUAAUUACAGUCACAAUUAUGGAGUCACGUUUUUGAGCUGUUUUUGUACAAUACACUUACGUAGUUUAAUGACGAUUCAAUAAUUAUAUAAUAUGAUACAGCAUCUCUCCAGUUUGGGAAGAUGAUGUAUGAAAUGAAAUGCGGGCUUCUCGACAAAACAUAAUUUUUAUGGUAUCAAUGAUAACUUUUUACUAUUGUUUACUAAACAUGUUUCCUG